AUGGACAUAUCUCGGGAGUACGUCGACAGCCUCAGCCUCUUCUACAGUCACGUCACCAGUCAUGUGAUCACCGGCGAUGGCAAGUUCCUGCUGGCAGCCGUCAAGGCGGGCUACUUGGCGGUCUUUCCCAUUCGCAGCCACCUCAAGGAUCUCUUUCUUGCCAGCGACACGACGCCGGGAGAGCAGCCACUGUCAGCAACAGCUGUUUAUCCCGGGGCCAAGCGACUGAAGCCACUAUCGCUGAAUCCCAUCAGCCGUCCGCUAAGUUUACUGGUCGACAGUCAGCCGGACAGCUCUCAGUACAGGCUUAUUGCCGGAGGUGAAGGGUACACCUUGGAGCAGGUCAAUCAGCUGAACACCAAUUGGACCAUCAAUCUGCCCAGUGACACCACGCUAGCAAAUGUCAUUGCCCUGUCGGGAGAGCGAAUAUUCUCCGGCUGCAGCGACAACAACGUCUACAUUCACGACAAGGAGACGCAGAAGGAGACGGCGAGGUUCACCGGCCACCAGGACUACCUGCACGCCAUCAGGGUAGCCGGCGAUAGACUCUUCUCGGCGGGAGAGGAUGGCUCCGUUCGCUGCUGGGACGUUCGGGCGCCAGGAGACAAGCCCAUUUCGGUGAUUUUGCCCUUCAAGAACGCCGCCCUCGAGCGGAAGCACUUCGGCAAGUGGGUCGGCUCUCUGGACAUCUCCCCCAAUGGCGAGUGGCUGGUCUGCGGCGGCGGACCGAGGCUCUCCGUUUGGCACCUCACCUCAGGGAAGUGCGUCCACAUUUGCGACAGUCCGAAUGUGGCUCACGUGGCGCAGUACGUACCAUCCGACCCGUCGAGCAUCAUCUUCGCCGGCAAUGGCAACCUGGUGACCACUUGGAAGCUGGGCGGCACCGCCGAAGCAUCAUCAUCUUUCAGCUGUCAGCUGGACUCCUCCAUCGACAACAUCUUCUCAAUCGCCUACCACAACUACGCCGACCUCGACUACAAUCUGUCCAGCUUCUCCGGAGACAGCUUCAAGAUUGAGCUCUGCAAAAACGGCAAAUACAUAGACUCGGAGCUGUUUAUUUCAUAG